UAAUUUGGAAAUUUGAACCCGAACUACUAUAUUUUGGCGGAAUUUUUUUAAGCCGGGGGGGAAAAAAAUCAGCCAACAUGGAAAAGUUUGCUGAGUCAUUGAAGGAUUGCAAAUUGAAUAAAGAACUGACAAGCAAAAAACGAAAUGAUUAUCUUGAAUGGCCUGACUAUUUUAUGGCAAUAGCAUUUCUCUCUGCCCAAAGAAGCAAAGAUCCCAGAACACAGGUUGGAGCAUGUAUUGUAAAUGAAGAGAAAAAAAUUGUUGGUAUUGGAUACAAUGGGAUGCCAGUUGGUUGCCAUGAUGAUAAAAUGCCCUGGGGGCGAGAAUCUGACAAUGUACUGAACACAAAGCAAUUAUAUGUAUGCCAUGCUGAGCUUAAUGCAGUACUGAAUAAAAACUCGGCGGAUGUGAAGAACUGCAGUAUAUAUGUGGCUCUCUUUCCCUGUAAUGAAUGUGCCAAAGUUGUGAUACAGUCUGGAAUUAAGGAGGUGAUCUACUACUCGGACAAAUACCAUGAUAAGCCUGAGUUUGUGGCGUCCAGAAGAAUGUUGGACAUGUCUGGAGUGAAAUACAGACAAUACAUUCCAAAGAAACAGCAGAUUACGAUAGAUUUCACAGCCAUUGAAGUUAUGACGGGAAAUAGUGUAGAGGAAGUUCUAAAUGGUGACCACACACACAAAUAAAGAUUAUAUCCAUCUCCCACAAAAAUAGCAGUGCUUUCAAAGUACGGUGUACAUAAACUUUCUCAAACUCUUAUCUCAAAUCUGAUUAUCAUUCACAUCCUGUGAAUAAAGUAGGUCUCAAGUUGAUAAUGCUGACUGGCCAAGCCAGAAUAUUUUUUUUUUACUCAUGAGUUUUGCUGGCCUUGUUGAGGAAAGGCUCUUCACCAUAUUGAUUUUUUUUUUGGGGGGGGGGGGGGGGGUUAUACUGGGAAAUCAGGAUGGCUCUGUUUGUUAUGACAUUGAUUUAUGAAUUGUUGUUGUUUACCGAAUUUGGUGGGGUUUUUUUUUUAAUUAGUGAUUCAUUGAAACGAUCAUACAUGUAUUACUAGUCUUGUCAAGAUUAUAGUUUUAUACACAACAGAAAAAAAUUCUAUUUUUAUUGUACUGAAUUAUAUAGUCGGUAUUGUAUUUGAAUAUUUGAAGUAGUUUAUCACUAUUUGCACAAAUUGACAGGAGAAUUGAAGGUGUUUGUGUUUUGAACAUAGAAAUACAGAAAUUAUUCGAAUUAAAAAUCUAAUCAUUUUGGAAGAAUGUAGUCAUAAUUGCAGAAGAGGACCACACUCAGUCAAAUCAGAAGCACUGCUUCGUAUUGUUCAGUUCAGUUACUUCAAAUUUGUAUUUACUGGUAUUACCAUUUAACAAUUAAGUGAUAUCACCAUGGAUAAUGUGAAUGUGAACUAUUCAGUAAAUUAUAUUGCUUAUUAAAGUUUUGCAGAUAUCAAUUAAAAGAAUAGGUGUUAUUA